AUGAGUAGAGAUGCAGAGAGGAAGAUGGACGUUGAGAAAUCUGUAGCUGGGGAGGCAAGUGACGUAUACUUCUCACGGAGGUCUAAGGACGCCGAGCUCAUCCAUUCUCUCUCGGAUGAUGUAGGAAGAAGGUCAAGAUGUUUGAAUGUACAUGCCAACUCAUCAAAUGUAAAAACUAUCGAAAAGUAUCAUGCACUUUCUACAAUUUCUUUGAGGUUGUGUUUAUGCGUAAUGUCGUUUUCUAGAAUUCAUAGAUCGUAG